AUGGCCCCUGGAGACUUUCGUGAAGAUCAAAGUGCCAGUGGCUCAUCCAUAAUCAAACCCAUCACUGGGCAGCUGUGGGACAGGGAAGGCCAUUCGGACAAACCGCUCAUGACCAUCGAGGAGAGGGAGCGCGAGGCCGAGAGAUUGUUUGUUCUAUUCGAAAGACUGAGACAUACUGGGAUGGUAUACGUGGAAAAUUCUGUGGCUGCAGCCAUGCGAUCAGAUAAAGUCGAGAAGCUACCAGAUGACGAUGACAAAGAUAAUGACUGA